AUGACCAGCCCCCAUUUUCUAGCCUAUCCACCAAAGCCGUUUGUUGACGACAGAGUUCACGAGUCUCAAAUCCGUAACAUCCUCAUCUUCUUCAUCCCCGGGAACCCAGGCCUUGUUGACUACUACGAGCCAUUCCUAUCAGCUCUUCGAGGGCUCCUAGAUGAAACAGCAUCACUGCAACACGCCCGCUUUCAGAUAUAUGGCCAGGAUCUGGCUGGUUUCCGUGAUGACGACCAUGAGCCUUUCACGCAACAGAGGAAGCCUCACGACCUGGAAUAUCAGAUCCAGCACACGCUCACUGCGCUUAGCCAGCUACGCGUAGAGUCGGGAUCGCGCAAGGGCUUCCCCUACGACGAAGUCUUACUCGUAGGACAUUCCGUAGGCGCUUAUAUGACUCUCGAGCUCUUCCACCGGCUACUUCGGAACCAAGACUUGGCCCCGCAAUUAAACCUCACCUCUGGCAUCCUCCUGUUCCCAACCAUUCAUCACAUUUCAAGUUCUUCGAAUGGGCAGAAGCUCGAUCUACUCCGUCGGACACCGGUUCUCGGCGACAACGCGUAUCGCGUCGCACAGACGUUUCUACAUCUGGUGCCGCAAAGCGCCCUCCACUGGAUCGUGAGCAAGGUCUUGAGAUUCCCGGCCCACGCAGCAGGAGUAACGACACGUUGGCUCAAGAGCCGGGACGGCGUGUGGCAGACAUUGCACAUGGGCAUGGAUGAGAUGAAGGUCAUCGGCGAAGACAGCUGGGACGAGGAGCUGUGGGAGAUCGCCCAUGAUGCAAAGGCUCACGACAAAGUUGUGCCCAAAUUCUUCUUUUUCUUCGGAAGAAACGAUGACUGGGUAGCGAGUCAUUACCGAGAUGAGUUCAUCCGGAAGAGGGAAAAGCAGACCGACCGCACGAAGCUAAUAGUUGAUGAAGGGAACAUACCGCACGCAUUCUGCAUAAAGGACAGCGAGGUCGUUGCAGAAAAAGUCAGCACAUGGAUUAACCAAAUAUACGGUGUUCAUGUUUGA